UAAUAAAAUAGUAAUAUUGUGCGGCAAAAAAUAUAGUGGAGAGAAAAGAGUGGUGACACUUCUUUCAACAACUUUUUUUUUUUCAACGAUCUCUGAGAAUUUAUCAAAACUUAAAUUGUAAUUUUCACUUUUGAUAUAGAAAUCAUCAAGAACAAUAGAUCAAACCAAAACAUAAUGAUUGCUGCUGCUUUACUUGCACCUUCAUUGUUUCUUGUUGGGGCUAUGGCCGAAGAGACUUCGUAAAACUGUCAAGGACUAUACUUAUGAAGAAUUGGUUGAAAUGACCAUUCUCCAACGUGCCUUACUUAAUGAUUGGAGAUUGGAAGGUUUCACCAUUGCUUUUAUCUUUGUUUUCGUAUCAUUAUUUUACGCUGGUGAUCUUUACAAUAAAAGAUUAGUAACUAGACUUUUAAAUAAUUUAAAAAGUACUUUUGACAAGAACUUUUAUCAAUUCGGAAUUGGUCCAAAUAGUCUUUAUGUUAAAGAUAGUUCUGAAAAUUAUGCUUCUUAUGCAACUGGUAGAUCCAACAUUGCUAAAGUUAACAUUAUCUUCAAAUUAAAACCAAGACAUAAUCUGUUUGUUUGGAUUUUAGAAACUGUCUUAUCAUUUUUCACUGCUACUGUUCCUUAUCCAACUGAUAGAGUGGAUUUUGUUAUUACUCCUUCAAGUGAUGCUGAAUAUGAUAAUUUCAUUAGUGCUAUUGUAGCAAAGAUUGGUAUGAAUGAUUAUAGAAAAUUUAACUAUUUCUUAUCAUUAACUAAAACUUCAGAUUCUGCAAAUUUACCUCAAUCAUUUGUUUAUAUGAGUGAAGCUAAUGAAUUCCAAGAAAAAAUUACUACUCCAGAAUUAAAGAAAGCUUUAACUUUAGAUUCAGCUUCUUAUCUUAGAUAUAUUGCUGUUACUGAUCAACCUUCAGAACAUCCUGUAGCUCUUCAUGAAAUGACUCCAAGAAGAAGAAUUGUGGUAUCCGCUCAUGUCACUUCCAAUGUCGAUCAAAUUCAACAACUUGGUAAAAUCUUAGAUGCUUUAUUCUCAUUAGUUGAUAAAUUAGCUGCAAAGGAAAUCACUUUUAAAUCUGAAGCUUUAAAGAAAAUCGUUAAAACUAGAGAAGUUGAAAUUUCAAAACUUAAAAAGAUUGAAGAAGAAAUAAAACAAGAAAAAUUAGCUGAUGAAAAGGCUAAAUUAAAGAGAGAAGAAAGAGAAAAAUUAAGAAACUCUUCAAAGGAAGAUCAACUUAAAGCUGAAAAGAGAUCUCAAGAAAGAAGACAAAGAAAACAACAAAAGAAGAUGAGAGCUUAAUCCAAAUCAAAUACUCAAAAUCUUACCCUCAUACAUAGUAUUGUAAAAAUAUUUUCUAU